CCUAGUCAGCGAAAAAGGAUCGAUGUCGGAGCUCUCAGUGUCUCAUCUCGCCCAUUAACGAAAAGAUUUCUGCUAAACCCUAAUUCACGCCGUUUCCUUUAAAUAUCAAAGCUUCCACCGUCGUGUGUUGUUCUUCUUCUUCCUCCGCGCCGCCUUCUCUAAUCUCAAGCUCGCGUUUCUCAGGUUAUUUAGGUAAUAAGGAAUAAGAUGGAGGUUGCUUUAGAGGAUAACAAUCUCAUGGAGAACAUCCUGCCUCCUGAUGAGCAGGAGAUCGAUGUUGAAUUGGAGGCUAAAGAAAAGAAGUAUCUUAGAGGAGAAGGUGCUAACUUAGAGUCACUGAAAGAUAAGAAACUAAAGACACAGCUUGCUUCACGAGAGAAGUUGUAUGGAAAAUCUGCAAAAGCUGCUGCCAAAAUCGAGAAGUGGCUCUUGCCGGCUUCGGCAGGGUACUUGGAGACUGAUGGGUUAGAGAAGACAUGGAGGAUCAAGCAGACGGAUAUCGCCAAAGAAGUGGAUAUAUUAAGCUCAAGAAACCAAUAUGACAUAGUGCUCCCAGAUUUUGGUCCUUACAAACUUGAUUUCACUGCAAGUGGACGGCAUAUGCUAGCCGGUGGUCGCAAAGGCCACCUUGCUCUUGUAGACAUGAUGAAUAUGAACUUGAUCAGAGAGAUACAUGUAAGAGAAACAGUACGUGAUGUUGCAUUCCUACACAAUGACCAAUUCUUUGCAGCUGCCCAGAAGAAGUAUGCUUAUAUUUAUGGGAGAGAUGGAACUGAGCUCCAUUGUUUAAAGGAACGUGGUCCAGUGGCUAGACUCAGGUUCCUAAAGAACCAUUUCCUCCUAGCAUCAGUGAACAAAAUCGGGCAGCUACACUACCAAGACGUCACCUACGGCGACAUGGUGGCUAGCAUCAGAACGGGUAAAGGCAGAACAGACGUGAUGGAAGUGAAUCCUUACAACGGCGUGGUCGCCUUGGGACACUCCGGUGGAACCGUCACGAUGUGGAAACCAACCAGCCAAGCACCUCUAGUCCAAAUGCAGUGCCACCCCGGACCGGUCUCCUCCGUGGCGUUUCAUCCCAACGGACAUUUAAUGGCCACGUCAGGUAAAGAGCGGAAAGUCAAGAUCUGGGACCUCCGCAAGUUCGAGGAGGUUCAGACAAUCCACGGCUUCCACGCCAAGACGCUGAGUUUCAGCCAGAAAGGUUUGCUAGCUGCCGGGACCGGAUCGUUUGUUCAGGUGUUGGGAGAUGGCUCUGGUAACUAUAGUAGAUACAUGAGCCACUCGAUGGUGAAAGGCUACCAGGUGGAGAAGGUUAUGUUCAGACCGUACGAGGAUGUUCUCGGGAUCGGUCACUCGAUGGGAUGGUCCAGCGUACUCAUCCCGGGGUCUGGAGAGCCUAACUUCGAUUCUUGGGUGGCUAACCCGUUCGAGACGUCGAAGCAGAGGCGUGAGAAGGAAGUUCACUUGCUUCUUGAUAAGCUUCCUCCUGAGACGAUCAUGCUCGAUCCUUCCAAGAUCGGUGCGAUGAGGCCGUCGAGGAGGAAGGAUAAGCCGACGAGAGGGGAGAUUGAGGCUGAGAAAGAGGUGGCGGUUGAGGCGGCGAAAGGGGUUGAGAUGAAGAAGAAGACGAAAGGGAGGAAUAAACCGAGUAAGAGGACUAAGAAGAAGAAGGAGAUGGUGGAGAAUGCGAAGAAGACUUUCCCGGGGGAAGAGCAGGGGAAUGUUGCGGGGAAGAAGAGAAGGAUCGGUGAAGUUGAUGCGGCGGAGUUGCCUGCGAGUUUGAAAAGGUUUGCUCGAAAGAACUGAAUGUGAUGAUGUGGACGCACAGACGAGGUGGGAUGAGUUUGUGGUGAUAUGUCUGAAGAUUUUUGUACUCUAGUUUUGUUUCCCUUUUUUUUUGUCCUAACAAUUGUUUCUAUGAACUUGAACUUUGACGAUUUAUCCUACAAAAAAAAAAACUGAUUUCAAUAUCAGAGAAAUAGCUAAGCAGCAAUCAAGCGACUAAACAGA